UCUGCAGGAGAAAGAGAGAGAGUGAGAAAGAGAGAAAGAAAGAAAAGGAGAGAGGAGGAGGAGGGAGGGAGGGAAAUCUUUCUCUCUCUUUCCCCUCCCCGGCUCGCCUUCCCCCUCCAGAGCCAGAGUUUGAAAGUGAUGCUGGAGGAGAGGAAGAGCAGCAGCAGCAGAGGAGGAAGGAAGGAAGAAGGAAGGAAGGGAGGAAAGAAAGAAAGGAGGAGAGAGAAGCAACGCUGGGUCCUGUCGACUUUCCGCAGCGCUGGAGCUCUGCUUGACUCAUCCCUUUUGCCAUCCUUCCUUGGCUCAUCCUUGCUCUCAUCCCUUCUUCUUGUCCAAGAGAUCCAUAGAGACCCAAGCCAAGAUUAUUCAAGAAUGAAGGAUGAAUGAUGGCUGCUUUCACCACUGAAAACUAGUUUGCAUUAAGGUGAAGAAAGAAAUCAUCACUUCAGGCUUUUUUUUUUGUACUGCCAAAAUGAGAACUUAUUUCUGUUUCUGGAUCCUCUUCUGGGUUGGUCAUCCCCACCAAAGUUCUUCCACACCAUUAUUCAAAAGAACUAGUGGCUUUCCAGAAAACCCAAAGGUUUUGGAUUUAUCUAGAAAUAACAGGAAAGAGCUUAAUCGUUCCAAAAGAAGCUGGAUGUGGAAUCAGUUCUUUCUUUUAGAGGAGUACACAGGCUCUGACUAUCAAUACGUUGGCAAGCUUCACUCUGACCAGGACAGAGGAGAUGGUUCGCUUAAAUACAUCCUUUCUGGAGAUGGAGCAGGAGACCUUUUCAUUAUCAAUGAAAACACUGGGGACAUUCAGGCUACAAGGAGACUAGACAGGGAAGAGAAACCUGUUUACAUUCUUCGCGCUCAGGCUAUCAACAAAAGGACUGGAAGACCAGUGGAGCCAGAGUCAGAGUUCAUCAUUAAGAUCCACGAUAUCAAUGACAAUGAGCCACUGUUUACAAAGGACCUUUACAAUGCUAGCGUUCCAGAAAUGUCUGAUGUAGGUACAUUUGUUGUUCAAGUCACAGCAACUGACGCCGAUGACCCUACGUACGGGAACAGCGCAAGAGUGGUCUACAGCAUUCUCCAGGGGCAGCCAUAUUUUUCCGUUGAGUCUGAAUCAGGCAUCAUCAAAACAGCUUUGCUGAACAUGGAUCGAGAAAACAGAGAGCAAUACCAAGUGGUCAUCCAGGCAAAAGACAUGGGAGGUCAGAUGGGUGGAUUAUCAGGAACCACUACAGUGAAUAUCACACUGACUGAUGUCAAUGACAAUCCACCUCGCUUCCCUCAGAGUGCCUACCAGUUCAAAGUCCCAGAAUCUGCACCACCUGAUUCACCUGUUGGCAGGAUAAAGGCUAGCGAUGCUGAUGUGGGUCAGAAUGCAGAGAUGGAAUACAGCAUCACUGAAGGCGAUGGCUCAGAGAUGUUUGGUGUUAUCACAGACAAGGAGACACAAGAAGGCAUCAUAACAGUGAAAAAGGUUUUGGAUUUUGAGAAGAAGAGACAGUUUACUUUGAAAGUGGAAGCCAGCAAUCCUCAUGUGGAUCCCAGAUUCCUAUAUCUGGGGCCAUUCAAAGACACAACGACUGUCAGAAUUCAAGUGGAGGAUGUAGAUGAACCUCCAGUGUUCAGUCGGCCAGCCUAUAUACUAGAAGUAAAAGAAGAUGUCCAGAUAAACUCUGUCAUAGGAACUGUGACUGCCCGGGACCCUGACAGUGCAAAGAAUCCUAUCAAGUAUUCUGUAGAUCGCCAUACUGAUAUGGACAGAAUAUUCAACAUCGAUUCUGGAAAUGGAUCAAUAUUUACUUCCAAGCUUCUUGACCGAGAAACAUUAUUGUGGCACAACAUAACAGUAAUUGCAGCUGAGAUCAACAACCCAAAGGAAAGCAGCCGAGUCCCAGUGUUUAUUAAAGUCCUGGAUGUUAAUGACAAUGCCCCCGAAUUUGCUAUGUUUUACGAGACGUUCGUCUGUGAAAAUGCAAAGUCUGAGCAGCUCAUACAGACCCUAAGUGCAGUUGACAAAGAUGAUGCCUUUGGUGGACACAAAUUCUCAUUCUUCUUGGCCCCUGAAGUAGCCAGCAGCUCCAAUUUCACGCUUCAGGACAACAGAGAUAACACAGCUGGGAUCUUCACAAGGAAAAUCAGAUACAGCAGACAUGAAAUGAAUAUGUACCUCCUGCCAGUGGUCAUAUCAGACAAUGAAUACCCAAUUCAGAGCAGCACAGAGACGGUGACAAUUCGAGUAUGUGCCUGUGACCAGAGAGGCAAGAUGCUGUCCUGUAAUGCUGAAGCACUGAUCCAUCCAACUGGCCUUAGCACAGGCGCUCUGAUUGCAAUCCUCCUCUGCAUCAUUAUAUUGCUAGUGACAGUGGUGUUGUUUGCAGCCCUGAGACGGCAACGGAAGAAAGAGCCUUUGAUCAUUUCCAAAGAGGACAUCCGAGACAACAUUGUCAGCUACAACGAUGAAGGUGGCGGAGAGGAAGACACCCAAGCAUUUGAUAUUGGCACCCUGCGGAACCCUGAAGCCAUAGAAGACAAUAAAUUGCGCCGAGACAUUGUGCCAGAAGCACUUUUUAUGCCACGCCGGACGCCGGUGGUACGAGAUAACACAGAUGUUAGAGAUUUCAUUAGCCAAAGGUUAAAGGAAAACGAUACAGAUCCAACAGCACCCCCUUAUGACUCAUUAGCAACGUACGCUUAUGAAGGCAAUGGCUCUGUGGCCGAGUCCCUCAGCUCCUUGGAGUCGGUGACUACCGAUGGGGACCAGGACUACGAUUACCUCAGUGACUGGGGACCUCGCUUUAAAAAGUUGGCCGAUAUGUAUGGCGGCACAGACAGCGAUAAAGACUCCUAAUAUGUUGCCUUCUUCAGCUCCAAGAAAACAGCAUUGAAAUGUGUGAUGUUGCAACUUCUUUCUAUUUAUCCACAGUUCUUUGGAAGGGUUCUAUUUGACUAGAUCAAAUUAUUUCCAUGACUGCAGUCUUUGUGGAUCUAAUGUGAUUUCCCCCCUCAAAUAUAAUUUGAGUUUCCAAGAGGCAAAUAAGGAAGAAAAACAAACUUUUUUUAGUGCAUCCUGUUUACCAAGGCAGUGAAACAGGCUCAAUGGCAAGGAAAUUGAGAGACAAGGGAGAUGGAAUAAUAGUUUUAACUUGUUCUGCUCAUCUUGGAAAUUGGAUUAUUUUAGUGCUAUCAUUCACCAAAUAAUUUUACUGUAUUUUAAUUAUUCAGCUCAGACAUGUCUUCUGAAGACUAUGUAUGAAACACACCAUUGUAAGGAUCUAUUGUGGCUUGGCUUAAGUAUUACAGUAAAGCAAGGGAGGAGGAUAUAGUUCUUUUUAAAACCACAACCUGCCAACAAGGAAAUAAGAUACUUAAAAGAUCUAAAUCCCAUUCAAGCAGUAGUACUAACCCUAAAUUAGUCAUUGUUUUGGAAAGAUUCAUCCAUUCUAGUGGUGGACAAUCAAGAGUAGAAAGGAUAAUUCUGUUUGUGUCAAUGGUGAUGGGGUAGAGGGUGGCUCAGUGUGGUCAUGACAUGACAACCAUCAUUCUUGUCCUAGAAAUUACUAUCCAGUGUAAUGUGAGCAGCUUCCUCCAACCUGGUGCCUUCCAGAUGUGUUAGACCAAUGCCAUUCCCAGCUAGUAUGACCAUUGAGUGGCCAUGGAGGUAAUUAUGGACUAGCACAUCUGCUUAUAAACUAGGAUGAGGAAGAGUGCUAGAGAUCAGCUACUGUAUGUUAAGGAAGAGGCAUGAGACUGAAAAUAUGGGGUAUACAACUAACUUGAACCUUACUGUAGGCUCCUUAUUUACAGACUUGAGCUCCAUUUAAUAUCAAUGCCAGUUUCUAGCACAUCAGCAAAUGAAAAGCUGCCAUAUAAGUCCUACUUUGCUCAGCUUACUUUUUUUUUUUACUUACUCCUGAGAAACAAAGUGGAUGCCUGGAAUCUACCUAACAGCAGGAUAUUUUGAUACCAGCAAGAAAUUGCAGGGUGGGGGAGACAUCAGUAUCCAGGUAAAUUAGGAAAGAAAUAGAGAUACUUUUAGGCAUGAUAUCCACCAUCCUGAAUUUAAUAAGAGCCUCAUCAGUCAUGAUCCAGGAUCCAGUGGUAUAUUUCUACUGGAUUCCAUUGCUUCCACCAGAAUUUCCUAUCCCUUCUGUGGCCUAAACACCAACUCCAGGAAACUGGGCAUUCCUUCAAAGCAGACUUUUUGGCAGCAUGGAGUGUUGAACCGGGAGGGAGAGAGGAGGAAAGUCCUGAUUACCCAGAUAUUGGACAAAGAAGGAGACCAUUUGACCUUUGUAGUCAGCCACCACUUGAGCACCUGGGUGGAAAUUAACAUUGACUAUGAAGUGUAUCAAAGAUAGUAUUCAAACCUCCAGUCAAGAAAAGAUCUUGGGGCAAAAGGCAAAGCAGGAAAACAGACCAGAAGCAAAGCUCAAGUGCUAGUAUCUAUACUGUUGGUUGAAACCCAGUAAGCAGAUAGGUACUGCUUUGAACAAUAUGAAAUAUUUUAAUAGCCUUUAUGGAGCUUUGUCAGAAUGGCUUUUUGGCCCCAUCAUCCACCUGGAAUCAAUUACCAACAAGGCCCAUCUAACCUCCUUAAGAGCAACCUGUUUUGUUAAAUAGCAGCAUUUAAAAUAACUUUUAAAUGAUAUUCUGUCCUCUUAUUUUUCUUUUCUUUUUCUUUUUUUUAGAUUAUAGUAGAUGCAGUCUUAUAAUAAUAUACCACCAUAUGAUUUUAUAACUUAUGCUUUUUGGUUAAGUAGAUAGAUGUUAGAGUACUUAGUGUACAAGAAGUUGUUAGUACAGUACAUAUAAUGUGGGGGAAGGACACAAAUAAGUUCUGAAUUUAUUGGUCAAGGGGCCACACUAAUUGUUAGUGUACACUUAUUUAACUGGAAAUCCUAGUUAAAGUGUAGUAACCACAGUGCCAUGGUGGAGCAAAUACAUUUUGUGGUUUGCUGAAAAGAGGCAGGGAAAACAAGCUCUAGCAAUUAGAGAAGGUUCAAGAAAUUUACCCUUAAAAGUCACAAAACACUGCAAAUCUGUCCUAUUGAACUGUAUUGAAAGUAUUAAAUCAUUAUGUCAGAAAGUCAGAUUAAUUUAUCCCCUAUGCAUGUCUGCUCAGAAAUGUCCCAUUGAGCUCAACUGAAGUCUGUUCAAAUCAAAUGCAUAUAAAACUGCACCUAAACGUUAUUAAGAAUUUAACCACUGAAUCCAUUUAACUGUUGUUGUUGUUGCUGCUGCCAGAACCAGUACAGUUAGAUUGCUUCGCUUUUAACUAUAGGAAAGAUGGCAGCUAGUGAAAUAUGGCAGCUAGAUUGCAUUAUCCAAAUGUUUCCCACAACAUGAAUUCUCCUUUUGCCAAAUUUACCAGUUUUAUCUCAAAUAGCAAAGUUGCAGUUGUGAUAGUACAUUCCAGUAACUGCAUCCUUAAAAUACUGAAUACAAAAUAUGGUGAAGUCUGCUAUAGAUGUCUUUACCAUGAAGGAGAGAAAUCAGAUAAUAUAAAUUUUCUAGCUGUUCUAAAAUAGAUUCAACUCUCUAUCUCACAUCAGCAGAUGACCAUGACAACCAUUGUAGUUUCACGUAGAUUGUGGUGGCAAAGUGUGGCCUGGAGACUAAUGCAACCUCCAGUUCCCUUUAGGGUCAAAACAAAAUUGGGGGAGUUUGCAUUUGUUUGCCCCAAAUGCCCUAGGGGGGCAUGAGGGACCUUUGUACCACAUUUUAGUUCCUAUGUGCCAUUUUAGUCCUAGAAGGGACCUUUAUUACAACAAGAAGUCACCAGCAAGUGACUUCCAGGUUACUUCCUUGGGUGAAAAAGACCUCUCCUAGGCCUAAAAUGGCAGGGAGGGCCAAAAAAUGGCACAAGUGCCCACACACGUCACAGUGGCUUUUGUGGCAUUUGGGGCAAACCGCAAAACUGAAAGUCAUAGUGGUUCUGAUUAUAUGCUUGCCUACACCAGCCAGAACUCUGUGGGCUGCUUCCACAGUAUUCUGGUCCUGGAGCUACCCUGGAUUCCCUGUUACCUCCAUACUCUGGAGCAAUGCCACAUGACUGUCUACACACACAUCUCACUGUGCCACCACAUCCAGAGACCAUGGCUGGGUGCCUCAUUGUGACCUCAGAGAGAGUGAUGCAUACCAUCAGCACUGGGUGGACACUCACAUAAACAGCUGCCUGGCUUCGCUUCAAAGUGCUCUGGAUUUUUCAGCAAAAUCGCUUUAAAACCCAGUUUAGCCAGGGAUAUAGCAGAUGCAUUGCGGAGCUGGCCUUCCCUUGUGAAGACAUACCACACUCAAAUCCCAACUUUAGCCUUGUGUCAUGUAGACAGAGUGUGGUUUGGGUAUGAGAAAACUGGUAUAAUUGGCCAAUGUAGACAUGCACUUCUAGUUAUCCAUUUUUGGCCUGGGGAGGAUUGGGGGGGGGAGCAAAAUCACUGAAUUUUGCAGAGGUUUUGACAUCCUUUCAUUGAUUUGGUGAUUUAUUUAUUUAUUGAGGUCUUUGACUUGUGGGGGUUUCUUGGCUACAAAAGACUACAAAAACGUGAUUUGAGGGUUGUGUGUGGCUUCAUCCAUACUGCAGAAAUAAUCCAAUUUCACACCACUUUAACUGCCAUGGCUCAGUACUAUGGAACUCUGGGAAUUGCCUUUUAUUGUGAAGCUGGAGCUCUCCGACAGAGAAGGCAAAACAUUUCACAAAACUAAAAUACCCAGAAUUCCACUGAACUGAGCCAUGGUACUUAAGGCAGUGUCAAGCUGCAUUGAUUUUGCAAUACAGAUACAGUCAGAGUGUAGUUAGGUAGAUUCAUGGAGAAUAAAGCUGUCAGUGGCUAGUAAUGACAGGAUGGCUAUUUAUUCUUUCCUGUAUUAGCAAUUGCAGAUGCUGGUAACUACAUGCAGGCCAGCUUCCUAUGGGCAGCAGAUGGGUCACUGUAGAAACAGAAUGUUGGACUGGGUAGACCCUUGGUCUGAUUUAGCAUGGUUCUGGAACAGAACCAGGGCAAGAUCUAAGAAUAAAUCCAGACAGCUUCUCUGGUGAAAAUAUUACAACUUUCAUACACGUGAAUGAUUGCAUGAGAAAUGUCACUGGAAUUCAUUAUAUUGGGUCAAAUGAAGAGCAACUGUACAUGGAUGUUGGUUACAACACCAUUUUCAAUUUUAUAUAGGCCAGAGGUUUAUAUAGCUUUUAAACCACACCAUACCAAAUGGGCCACAGAAGCUUAAGACGCUGAGUGGAUUCUAUGAACAAAUGUUGAUUGUACUUUUCGCAUGAUAUUGCAAAUUCACUUUGAUGGCUUAAGUUGAUUUAGCUAGGCUUAGCCGCGCUAAUUCCAUGACAUGUUGAUGACUUAAGAAGAGUGCUCUUCUACUACCAUCCCGAAUCAGUGACACUAAGUAGCAGGCGAUUUGAGGAAGAAUUUUGCAUUUUAUUGACAAAGUAUUUCUCUUUGUCAAUAAAAUGACAGUAAGCCAUGCAUGGCGUGUGCAUAAAUAUUAUAUAAACUAUCUAACAAGUGGCAUCAAAAUUAAGAUCCCAAACUGUAUAAAAAUGAAAUAUGGUAUUCUCUAGUAGCUGGCAUAUUAUACAUUAAUCACCUGAGGUUUUCUGUUACUGAUGCAAUUUAUAAUCAUAGAUUUUUCCUCUCAACAAAUAGGCCCCUGUUUAUAUGUAUAUAUGACUAAGACCUUUAGAUUUUCAUAGUAAAUUUCAAUUAAAAAGCAAUUUUUGUGCAAACAUUGUAUGUUUGAGUCUCAGGGUGAAAUGAGUAAAAAGCAAGAGAAGAAAUAGAUUGGAACAGUUGAUUACUAUACUGCAUUUGAUCUAAUAGUAGGAUUAAGUGUGAAUAGAUAAUUCCAGUGCUAAUCUAUGGCUAAGAUCUUACAUGGUGGAGUGUACAUUAUGAGUUUCACAUAUGGGAUUCCAUUAUGGAUUCCAUGUCACCACCCACAGGAAUCACUGUUACAUUGUGAUAGCAUUCUCCCACACAGAUAGUCGGUUGCUAAUAAAGAGCAGAGUAGAGAUCUGGAGAAGUAUCUGGCUAUAUUCCUAUAGCCACAUACCACAGACGUCUCCCACUGAGAUCUGUGAGGAUUCUCUGAAGGUCUCUGCGAAUGAUAGGAGUACAGCUAGAUACUUCUCUGAUUCUCUGACAGCUGUCACACCUUCGCACUUGUGGAGCGUUUUACCAGUGUUUUAACCAUGGUAAGAUCGGUUAUGAUAACCUCCCUAUAAGCGCUCAGAAACUGAUGACAAAGAAGAUUAUCACACGGAGGAGACAAGUGUCCUCCUCCCAUGAUUAAAUUGCCAUUAAAUCUUGUUAAUAGUACAAUCAGGGGGAAGAUUAUCA